GGAGCCAGUGUGGUGUAAGCAUCAGACUAUGACUCUUGAGGACAGGGUUCAAAUCCCUACUAGACCAUGAAAACCUACUAGGUGAUCAAGAGGAGUAUGCUUGCCAUAGUUUUCCAAAUGGGAUUCUGUUGUAUAAAACCACUGAAAAUGUGAUUUUUUUUGAAGAUUUCAUAAUUAUUUCAAUCAUUUUUUAAAGACAAAGACAACUGAAAGAUGUUGAGAAAAGGCAAGAGGAACAAAAACGAGUUUGGAACUUCAAAAAUACUUUGCACCCGCAGAAGGCCCUAUGCGAUGGGCACAACCUGACAUGUGAAUACACACAUCUAUUGACUCAAGUUAAGUUUCUGAGGCAUUUCUGAUGUCCAUUAAUUUUCUCCCUAGGUUCUGGAAGCCACAUCACAUUGGGAGUGUCUAGAGAUAACUGGUAUGAGUCUGUGUGUAAAGGUACAUAACGUAAGAACUGAGGUGGGGCUAUUCCCUUCAGUCUAGUUUCUCAGUCCACAAAGAAGAAUUUCCGGUUUAGUAUGUGCUUUACAUGAAAAAGACAGCCAAUUCUUGCCACUGGGGAUUAGGUUCAGCAUGUUGGUUUAGGGUCAGCAGACUAAGCUAUGAUGUACUCCACUCAGGGAAGUGGAAUUGUUCAGAAUCAGGAAGAAGGAUUCUGCUGAGAGAUGUGACAAAGAAAACCUAAAGAACUCACUUUUCUGGAGCCAUGGCUAAUGGAACGACAUCUGGCACCACGGAUGCUCCCAGCAGCCCCAGUAAUUCUACAGUAACUAGUACAACCCAGCCAAGCUUCAUUGAAAGCCUUAUUGACAAAAUUCCACUGCCAAGAUGGGCUCUCAUAGCCAUUGUGAUUGCAGUGGGUCUGGUCCUCCUCCUCCUCCUCAUCUGCAUCAUCAAGUGCUGUUGUUGCAGGAAGAAACGCAAGAAGAAGAAAAAAGCUGUCGAUAUGACUAGCAUCAAUGGUCCUUCCACCACAAAACGUCUGGUCCAACCUGAUUUGGAAGACAUUGAGUGUGGAAAUGAGGAAGAAGAAAAACGCGGAAGGCUGCAAUAUUCCCUGGAAUAUGACUUCCGUAGCCAAGAGAUGAAGGUUGGUGUAAAGCAGGCAGCAGAUUUGAAGGCCAUGGAUAGUGGAGGUACCUCUGACCCUUAUGUGAUUGUCUAUCUGACAUCUGAUAUAAGGAAGAAAUAUGAGACCAAGGUUUACCGUAAGACACUCAACCCAGUUUUCAACGAGAGCUUCAUUUUUCAUAUACCACAGGGAGAUGUAGCUGAAAACACGUUGGUGAUGCAGGUGUAUGAUUUCAACCGCUUUUCAAAGCAUGACAUCAUUGGUGAGAUGCGCUUGCCUCUUGGCGAUGUCGACCUGCAGCAUGUCAUGGAGCAAUGGCAUGAGCUCACAGCAGCGAGCAAGAUUGAGCAAGAGCAUCUGGGAGAGAUUUGCAUUUCACUGCGUUAUGUUCCGAGCACCAGCAAAUUAACUGUGGUCAUCUUAGAGGCGAAAAAGCUCAAGCGGAUGGAUCCAAAUGGAUUGUCAGAUCCCUAUGUCAAAGUGCAACUUAUUUUGAACAAAAAGAAGUGGAAGAAAAAGAAAACAAGUGUAAAGAAAAAUACUUUAAGUCCCUACUUCAACGAAGCAUUUAUUUUUGAUGUGCCUUUUCAUCUGAUCCAGAACAUUGACCUGGUGAUUUCCGUCUGGGAUUCUGACAAAGUGACCAAGGAUGAUCAAAUUGGAAAACUGUUCCUCGGCUGCCGAGCAACAGGCAACCAGCUGCGCCACUGGUCAGAUAUGUUGGCCAAUGCCCGCAGACCUGUGGCACAGUGGCACAACUUGCAGCCGGUGGAAGAUAUUGACAAAACCUUGGGGCUGAAGACACGCUUCAAACUGCCACUACCCGGCAGCUAAGAAAACCCAAAGCCAAACAAAGGGACUUGUCCCUAUUCCACUUUGCUUGGCAUUAGUGCACUUUCUUCUUGGAUGAAGGAACAUCUGCUAUGCAUCACUAUAUGACAUCAGGAUCAUUUAGAAUUAAAUGUACUGUAUUCUGAGGAAGGUGACUCAAUCUUAAUUUGAGUCCCAAGAAAGAUAAAAGAGCAGUUACCUUACAAACUGAAAUAUGCCAGAAUUCACAAUGUAAUUUUUUUUCAAUGAAUCUAUCCUUUCAUCACAAUAGAGAGAAGGACUAUACACAAGAGGCAGACACUCAUGUACAAGAUAUGCUGCAAGUUUGGAGUUAAUGUGUUGUUGUUAACAUUAGGGAGUGAGACCGGUAUAUGGACUAGUGUGGACCACAUAUUCCCACCAGACUCAAGGGGAAGAGACAAACUUGUGUAAAGAAAUGUAAUUACAGCCAGUGCUCAUUGUCUUUGCUAAUAUUUUUAAAAAUUGUUGCAGUUCAGCCUUACAUGGGAUCCUAUUAGUAUUUUUUCAAUAAAAGGAAACAAAUAAAUCCUCCUUUUCACAUCACUUUUGGUAGUUUUAAAAUUAAACCGAGAGAAAACUAGAUAAGCAUUAUUGUAUAUAUGUGUGGGAAACAAAUUCCAUAUGGAAACAGUAUUCCAUAUCUCAGAAAUAUCUGUAAAAUGCAUUGGGUCAGGCAACUUUAAGGCGUGCACACACACAUUGUGCCUUGUGCAGUGCACUACUGUGAAUUUUGAAGCAGCAUCUAGAAUUGAGAGUAAUGUUUUUAUACCUCAGGUCAGAUAUUGAGUUACUUUAGAGAAACAGCAGUGUUAAACUAUAGUGGCAAUUAACUACUUGGAGAGGCUCUCUGUGUGUGUGAGUGUGUGCGCGUGCUUGAAACUAUUUACUAAACUGCCUUUUCUGUUCUGAGAACUCUGCUUUUCAUACUAGUGCUCAUAGGUAACUCACCUAUGGUUUCUCAGGCCUAAUUGUCAGUCCCAAACAGAGAAAACCCACUGAAUUACUUUGAAAUAUAUUCUGCUACCCUGUUUCCCCGAAAAUAAGACAGUGUCUUAUAUUAAUUUUUGCUCCCAAAGAUGUGCUAGGUCUUAUUUUCAGGGGAUGUCUUAUUUUUUCAUGAAGAAGAAUUCACAUUUAUUGUUGAACAAAAAAAAAUGAACAUCACAAGCCAACAUAACCAGACAAACUGUGAAUCCUAUCAAGAAUGUCUUGUUACUGCUACUAUUUCUAUUAAAAUCACAUAAAGAGCAAUUGGAGUGCAUCAAUAAUAUAAACAUAAUAAGAUAAACAGAUUAAGAAAAAUAACUACAGUUCAUGAGGUAUCAUAUCAAGACAUAUAUUGCACUCUACUCCAGUCCAUAACAUGAUAUUCCUGUCAUUCCUGAUUAAUUUUCAAGAUUAGAAUACCCUUCCAUAAAAGAGGGAAAAGGCAGCUCAGAUUGUGAUGUGCAUUACAAGUGACAGGUGAUCUUCCAGUGUACAAAAAUAUUGAUGUACUUGCCAAAUUUCAGAACCAGAAAAUGUGAUUCACAUGAAGAAAAAUGUAAUUAAUUGUUUUAUUUUAGAAGAGGGAUCUGUAACUGCCAGAGAUCCAAGGAAUGGAUAUCCCCAUACUGGAUCUUAGAAGCUUACAUUCCCUUCCCAUGUCAUCUGUCUUUAUCCCCAAAAUGUUUUUUUUACUCAAAGGGCUCCUUGUGGCAUCUAAGUGGAGUGAAGAACAAUUUCAGGGUUUUUGUUAGUUUAGUUUUAAAGCCAAGAGCAUCUGGGAUCUGCACUGACAGCCUCAAAGGCCCAGUUGGAUGGAACAGAAAGAGGAUGGAGGGCCACAGGAAACAGCUUGUGGGGUUUGCACAUUGCCCAUCUCACACAUACACUUAGCAUUCAGGUGGAUGGUCAGAGCACUCUUUUAAGGUCAAUGGAAAGUGGGUUUUGCACUACAAGUCCCAUCAGGCCUUAGCUAUGGAAUGGUGGGAGUUGCAGGCCAGCAAUGUCUACAGCAGAAUGCAUGCAAAGAAUGGCUUCCUCUGGGUCAAGAUGAGCUACAUAUGGAGCGAAUGCUUUUUCUUUCUUCCUAAAGCCAUGACGCCUCCUUCCUCAUUUGUCUCCCUUCCAAAAAGUAGAAAUACAGUAGAGUCUCACUUAUCCAACAUAAAUGGGCUGGCAGAAUGUUGGAUAAGUGAAUAUGUUGGAUAAUAAGGAGGGAUUAAGGAAAAGCCUAUUAAACAUCAAAUUAGGUUAUGAUUUUACAAAUUAAGCACCAAAACAUCAUGUUAUACAAUGAAUUUGACAGAAAAAGUAGUUCAAUAUGGAGUAAUGCUAUGUAGUAAUUACUGUAUUUAUGAAUUUAGCCCCAAAAUAUCAUGAUGUAUUGAAAACAUUGACUAUAAAAAUGCGUUGGAUAAUCCAGAAUGUUGGAUAAGCGAGUGUUGGAUAAGUGAGACUCUACUGUAAUAAUAAUAGACCUUUCUUGAAAAAUGUACCUGGUUCUCAUACACUAUCUGGCACACACCCAGCGAGGAAGAAGGUAGGAAAGGUAGCCACGUGGAAAGUGAGGAAGCUGGAAAGUGAGAAGGCAGGAAGAGUGCGUGCCUCUCCCUUCUUCCAUAGCGGCAGCUGCGGAAGGGAAAGGGAAAGGCAGGAGAAAAGGAUCUCAUUCGCACAGCUCUUCUAUCGCUUUUUCUUUCCUCUUCUUCAGCAAAUGCCGUCCAAAGGGGGAAGGGACAAGAGCAAGCAGCCCCUUCUCCUUUGCAUUCACACAGCACCGGCCAGGAAGGCUAAGGAGAAGCUGCUUCUCUCCCUUUUUCUUUCCCCCUCUUCAGCGAGUGCCGUCCAAAGGGGGAAGGGACAAGAACAAGCAGCCCCUUCUCCUUUGCAUUCACACAGCACCGGCCAGGAAGGCUAAGGAGAAGCUUUUUCUCCCACCUUUUCCUUCCCCCUCUUCAGCGAGUGCCGACCAAAGGGGGAAGCGACGGAAGGGAGAGGGGAAAGCAUUUGGAUACCAUGGAGGAAGUGGUCGGCACACUACUGAACAGAAGAUGUGAUUCCAGAAAACACGGGGUUGCAGGGACUCAUCAACCACACCAAGAUGUCUUCUGAGUAAGUUACCAUUGUGUUUGUCAUGUGGAUUUUUUUUAAAAAAAGAGAUGACUUGAACAUAAAAUAAUACAAUAUACACAUGCAAUGUGAUCUCUAGAACCUUUAUUAUAAGACAUAGCUUGUUUAAACAGUAGGGAGCAACGUUUUGCACUUCACACUGUCUGGAGGUACUACAUGUGUAGAAGAGACUUUUGUACACACAUCUCAUUAUUUAAUGGGAUGGGAACAGGCACACAUAAAUAUAUUGAGUGCAGAACUUGAGAAAAAUUCCUUUUGUGAAGUGUAGCUUCCAGCAUCUCUAGCUACAAUGGCAGUGCCAAUGCUGACUAGAGAUACUGGGCAUUUUCUUCCAAAAAUAUCUCAAUAGUCAAUAUUGAGAUAUUGAGAAUACUCAAUAUCUUGAGUAUUCCUUAUCCAAAAUGCCUGGGACCAUAAGAAUUUCAGAUUUAUUUUUGGGGAGGUGGGAGAGAGUCUAGAAUCUGGGUUGCUGUGAGUUUUCCAGACUGUAUGGCCAUGUUCUAGACAAACUCACUUAUGCUUCAUGAACAAAGAGUUUUGUGCAUAAAACAAAUUUGUAUAUGCUGAACCAUCAGAAAAGAAAGGUCGCACUAUCUCAACUAUCCAUGUGGACAAUUUAGAUUUUGGAGCAUUUCAAAUGUCCAAUGUCCAAAAAAAGGGAUACUCAACCUGUAUUUCUAAGUAUGGAACUCUCAUGUCCCAUCCAGUGGUCAGACUUGCACCUAUGGAAAAUUUUCAAAAAGGUUAAAAUUCUUCUGCUUAGCUGGAUUUGGGCUUCCUCUCUUUCCUGCCAAAUAUCAGCUAAUUUGCUAAAGUUAUAUACAAUCUUUUUGAACUAUUUCACCUGAGAAGUCUGACCAGAGCUGUGCUUUUUCUAUGGAAUUUCAUUUUAUUCUAACAAUACCUUUUCCCCUUCUUCUCUCCGUUCCUCCUUGUGACUAUCUCUUUCUCUCCAACCAGAGAGGAGGUAAGUUUUUUUCCACUUUACCUUUUUUUGAAGUAGGUGGACAUAGGUAGAAUUACAGAGCAAUAUGGUAACAAUAUGAUGGAGUACCAAUCCUGAAGUAAAAGCUUCCAAUUGUGAAGAAGCUCUCUUAAAGCUAAAACCAUUGAUUGGCAACCAUAACUUAUUUUCUUGCCUCCUCAUAUUUUCCUAUAAAUUAGCUUCAAAUUUCCUAUUCUCAUUAACCCACAAUUCAUAAAGAAGAUAAAAACCUGCAUCCCUAUCUCUCAGGCCCCUACAUUUGAGGAUUUGAUCCCAGAUUGUCAUCUUAGCUCAGAUUAUAUGGCAGUGGAGACUCAAAGCAGAUAAUCUGGGAUCAGAUCCCAGAAUAUAGGGCAGUGUAGAUCCAGCCUCAGAAAGUGUUGCUUGAUACUUUUUGUCGGAAAUCUUACUAGUAGUCCAAUAUCCUCUACACGUAGAGCUCACAAACAUGAUCCCCAUAUCUGUUCAAUGUUCAAGCCAUCCCUUUAGGUACACCCUAAUACCUAUCAUAAAAUAUGCAUGAAAAUAAGAGAUAGCUCAAUUGACCAAGCUAUGGCUCAUGGUUUCUUUUAGUCCUAUUAUUGAGGUGACCAUUGUAAUAAGAAAACUAGUAUCCCUAUUUGUCUUUCUGCUAGCAGCCUGUUGUUGUGUGUCUUCAAGUAAUUUCCAAUUUGUGGCAACUCUAAGGCAACUCUAUCAUAGGGUUUUCUUGACAAAAUUUGUUCAAAGGGGCUUUACCUUUCCAUUCCUCUACAGUUUAGAGAAUGUGACUUGCUCAAAUGGGUUUCCAUGUCCAAGUGGGGAUUCAAACUCAGAUCUCUGGAACUGAA